ACACUCAGUCCUCGCGCGAGCACCGAGCGAGUCGCUUUAAUUAAAUCAGAGCCAGGUUUACGAAUCGACAUUUCCACCCGGAAGAUUAACAAGAUCUCCAAGCAGAACGAUGACGACUGUUAUAGCGAUACUUUGCUGCUUGGUUGGCAUCCUAACCACCGAAGCGUCUCCUUCUGAACGGCAGCUGUUAGUAACGGCACCAAUCGGACCUAUAAAGGGUUCCAUCUCGACCUCCAGGCUUGGCAGAGAUAUCUAUUCCUUUCGUGGCGUGAGGUACGCCGAACCUCCUACUGGACAACAACGUUUUCAACCGCCGAUCCCAGCGGAGGAUUGGAAGGACGUCUUCGAUGCGAGCGAGGAAGGGCCAGAGUGUCCUCAACCUCGCAGCACGACCAUGUCGGAGGACUGUCUACGUUUAAACGUGUACACCACUGAAUUGCCUUCCGGAGAAUCGAACGUAUCGAGACCGGUGAUAGUGUUCCUGCACCCAGGAGGAUUUUAUUCCUUCUCAGGAAAGAGUAGCUUGUUUGGACCUCAGUAUCUCAUGGACCAGGACAUCGUCUUGGUCACUAUCAACUAUCGCUUAGGAGCGUUAGGUAUGCUGAGCAUGGGUGACAGCCUGGCGCCAGGAAACAUGGCUUUGAAAGAUCAAGUAAUUGCCCUGCGUUGGGUUCAAAGGAACAUCGCGGUAUUCGGUGGUGAUCCUAGCAACGUUACCCUGACAGGUUGCAGCGCUGGUAGUAGAAGCGUGAUGCUACACAUGAUGUCCCCCAUGUCCCACAAUCUCUUCCACAGAGCCAUCUCCAUGAGCGGAUCGACAAUCGGCUCCGAAGUCUACUCCAGCGUCGCUAGCAACGGCCAGAAGGAACUCUCCACAAAAUUGGCCAAUCUCCUCGACUGUCCCACUGAUAACACGGCCUCCAUGUUGCAAUGCUUGAGGACCAAACCCGUGGAGAACUUCACCACCACCUUAGGCCAGUUAUUCGACUGGCGCGGAAACCCAAUUUUGCUCUGGAAACCCACGGUGGAGCCCGAGAGCGGCGGCGAGAGGUUCCUGACAGCCCAGCCGUACGAUUUGAUGGUUCAGAGGAAAUUCAAGCAGGUCCCGUUCGUCCUAGGCGUAACGCAAGACGAAUUCGGUGGAAUAGUGGCCUAUUACGAGCAGGACAAGAGGAACAAUGGCACCCUGUACAAAGAACUGAACGACAAUUGGAACCGACUCGCCCCUAUUAUAUUCUAUUACGAACGCGACACGCCUAGAUCGAACUACAUCAGUAACGAAUUACGUAAAUUCUACUUCGGCGAUGAACCGAUCGACACGGAUACUAUCGAAGCACUCUCGCGCGUGUACGCCGAUGGCAUAACUACGUUCUCCGUGUACAGAGCGGCCAAAUUGUUUGCCUCGAUAUCUAGCCAGCCCGUGUACUUUUACAAGUUCACGUACAAGUCGCGCUUCAGCUUUCGAAUGUGGAACGACACCACGCCGUUUGGCGUGUCCCAUCAAGACGACCUGCAGUACCUGUUCUUCAUGAAGCAACUCUUCCCCUAUUUCGAGCCCGACGCACCCGAGAUCCCCAUGGUGGAGGUUUCUACUUCUAUGUGGGCGAGCUUCGCGCGAAACGGCGAGCCCAUUCCUAGAAACAACGACAGGUUCGAGGGCGUGACGUGGUCGCCAUUCGUGCCAUCGCGAACGAACUUCUUGGACGUCGAUCCUCAGCCAACCAUGGAGAACGUCUUCUUCCCUGAGAGAAUGCGUUUGUGGGAACGACUGUUCCCUUUGCCAGGGACGAAGACCAAGAACCGCUAACUAA